AGAGUUGCAACAACAUUGGAAGAGGACUGUACAUUGGUAACUGGAGGGUCAAGAUGGAGGACCAAGAAAUGAAUGUGACUCUUCAAAACAAGAACUUUUGGAAUGGAUCUGGACAUAAACACUUGAAUAAUGUGGGAAAUUCUGAGAAAUUACAAGGAAUUGUAGCUGAUGGAGCAGGAAAAUGUAAUGAUGCUGGCUCGAGGGCUGAAGGCAGUGUUAGGGGAGAGAGAAACAAAAUUAUCACUGCUGAAGAUUUUCUGCCUGUUUUGGUCGGUGUAUGGGUGAAAAUGAGUCCAGAAAUUCGUCACGCCUAUAAGAUUCUUAGAGAAAUACUAAGUGACAAGACAAAGUCGGUUAUUGAGCCAUUUUUGAGUGCUGUGAACCCUGAUGAGUAUCCUGAUUAUUACGAGGUGAUCAAAGAGCCAAUGGACCUGUUUAAAAUUUCAGAAAAGUUUCAUGCCAUGCAGUAUUCUUCAAUAACUGAAAUGGUUGCUGAUAUAAGGCAAAUAAUUGAAAAUUGCUACAAGUAUAAUGGUGUCGAUGCUUUCAUUUCAAAACAAGCACACAAGCUUGAAGUGAUUCUUGAGCAAAAACUAAACUUGUUGUCAAGAGAACUGCGUAACAAAACAACAAUAGCUGCCACAAAUGAAGUCAGAAAUAAGGAAUAUCUCAAUAGCCUUCUUUUUACAUCAGGCAAGUACCUUUUCUGUAAUUCCUGGGCUUUGACCUCUUUUGACAAUCUUAGACUCAAGCAAAACAAAACAAGAAACCAAUUGCUAGAUGGCUGGUCCCCUACAGAGCCAUAAGGCGAUAUUUGAAGAAACUAGAUACCAGAUCACUGUGUGGUUAAAAUUUUGACUUAAAAUUAGAAAAAUAUUUUUACUACUUUUUGAGCAUAUUUUAAGCACAUGAUGAAUUUGAAGAAAGCAUUGAAACAUGUAAAUGUUGGUUUGCAAGACAUUCUAAUCAGCAUAUGCCUGCAAGUUAGGUCAUCAAGUAUUAAAUAGUAUUAGUAUUGGACGUCAAUUGGCUCCUGAAAUCAGAAUGCCCUAAUAAAAUAUGAUAUGGCCAUAUUUCAACUUUUGCUCAAGAAUUCAGAGUGUGAGCAGAUAUAAAGCAACAUAGAUUUUGGCAAUCUAAGUCAUCUUUUUGUUUAGGUAUUUUGGAAUAUGUCUACAUCAGAAUGAAAGUUAAUGAGUUGUGUGGACAGAAGGAGUUUGUGUUCUCCUUUAGACUCUUCAACUAUAUAUAAGGUUAGGGGUGGUUGAUUGAUCAAAGUCUAACAACCAAUCAAUUCAAUCAUAUUUCCCCAUUUUCCUCAUACUUAGAAUGAAAUUCCUGUUUACCAUCAAUCAUAGUCUGGCAUUUACAAUUUUAGGAGUUUUAGAUGAAAAGUACUUUAGUAUGCUGUGCAGGAGCUAUUUUGUUUUUUUAACUUGAUACUACCAGGCUUAUUCACAAUAAAUUGGUAUUCAAUGAAGUUGUGUGUGCUGUACGUCAAAAACGAACAAAAUUUGAGACAAUAAAAUAAAAACUUUGUACAAGAAAUGAAUAUUUAGUCAGUUUAGUCAGUUAUAAUGAAUAUUUAUAAUACCAAAAAAAUUUCUUGUACAAAGUCGUUAUUUUAUUGUAUCAAAUUUUGUUUAUUCACAAUUAAUUGACUAGCACGCAAAGACAUUACUGUUUUACAAGCUAGGUUUCUUUUAUUGAAUGGAAAUACAUUGUUUUUCUUUGCCAGUCAUUUUGAGUACUUGGAAAGUUUAAUUGACUUUGGAAACAUUUU